CUGUGUUUGUUGCACCGUGUCAGUUACAUUGUAACAAAAGUGGUGCCGCCGCCGCUCCGGCCAGCACCCCAGGCCCGCCCUCCGCCAGCUGUCGCCGACAUGGAACCCGUGGCCAGCAACAUCCAGGUCUUGCUGCAGGCGGCGGAGUUCCUGGAGCGCCGCGAGAGAGAGGCCGAGCAUGGCUACGCGUCCCUGUGCCCACACCGAAGUCCGGGUCCAGUCCACAGGAGAAGGAAGCGAUCUCCCCAAGCUCCUGGCGCGCUGGACAGUGGGCGGUCUGUGCACAACGAGCUGGAGAAGCGCAGGAGGGCCCAGCUGAAGCGAUGCCUGGAGCAGCUGAAGCAGCAGAUGCCCCUGGGGGCUGACUGUGCCCGAUAUACCACACUGAGCCUUCUGCGCAGGGCCAGGAUGCACAUCCAGAAGCUGGAGGAGCAGGAGCAGCGGGCGCGGCGGCUCAAGGAGAAGCUGCGCAGCAAGCAGCAGAGCCUGCGGCAGCAGCUGGAGCAGCUCCGGGGGCUGGCCGGGGCCGGUGAGCGCGAGCGGCUGCGGGCAGACAGCCUGGACUCCUCGGGCCUCUCCUCCGAGCGCUCUGACUCAGACCAAGAGGAGCUGGAGGUGGACGUGGAGAGCCUGGUGUUCGGGGGCGAGGCUGAGCUGCUGCGGGGCUUCAGCGCAGGCCAGGAGCACAGCUACUCACACAGUGGUGGUGUCUGGCUAUGACCCUCGCCGCCCAGAGUGGUCUCUGCCCUCAGCCCACCCUCCACUCUGCCGGGCUGGAGCCCUCGCCAAGCCCCAGGGCUGCUCAGAGUCACUGCUGGAAUGGACUGAACGGACCUUGUGUGGGAACAGGAGCUCCCCAUACCCUGCUGCCGGCUGCUGGCAGUCCCCCCUAGGAGAGGGGUGCUGGGCCCUGUGAGCCCUGCAGGGCAGGCAACCUGGGCCUGGGCAACCCUUCCAGACACUUGUGUAGCACUUGGCUCUGCUGUCCAUGGGGCAGGAAGCCUCUUGGGUCCUCAUGUUCCUUCCUAAACAAGGGCUUCUGGCCUCUGCCCCACACGUACUAUACAGUAUUUUCAUUAAAAGCCUCUUUCUUAACUUCC